AUGUCUUUCGUAGACUUGUCCUCCGUGUUCGGGCUGUCCAAGACCCUCUGCCACAUGCUUGUUGACGUGCUCCUCAUGCAUUUCCCGUCCGUCUUCAAGCAGCAGUGGGUCCACUUCUCGACCCGCGACGACCUCGACGAGAUGGCCGCAGAGUUCCGCGCCAUCAAGGGGGUACCUGCGGUAGUGGGGGCUAUAGACGGCACACACAUACCCAUGAAGGGGAUGGAGGGGCACAGGCAAGAGUACUACACGCGGAAGUCCUGUUACGCUGUCCAGUUGCACAUCACAUGCGACGCGCGAGGCAUCAUAUGGGACUAUUUGAUCGGAUACCCGGGCAGUGCGCACAAUCAGAGAGUGUUCAUGAACAGCCUAAUGGAGGACUGGGAGCAGUGCUUUAACUAUUGCCAAAGCGCAACGCGCAUGGCAGUAGAGCGCUGCAUCGGCGCCUUCAAAGGCCGGUGGCGUCUAUUCGCGGGCCGCAGUGACUGCAAGCUCUGGCACAUUCUUGCAGGGGCGUCUUGUGGCGUCAUCCUGCACAACAUGUGCGAAAUGAUGGGCGCAAGUUCAUGUGGGAGCCAUGUGACCCAUGCACGCAAGAGAAUUUUCGUUAAAGGCGCAAGCGGCUCGGCGAGGCUCUGGAGUCGUCUUACCUCACUCGGCGGCGCUGCGGACCCACACCUCCUCAUCCGCAUCUGGGUUAGAGGGGUCUUCGCCCGCCUGGCCGCAACGAAGCCAGCCGUCGUCGCCGCCUUCGGCGGCAUGCAGGUCGGUCACGUUGUCCGCGUGGGCAGGGUUGUCGUCGCGGACAUGCGGGGAGGGGGCGGGCUGCUGCACGCGUUCCCGAGCAAUACGCGCAUCCUGCUCCAUCCACGCGCGGACGAGGCCUUCGAGCCUGCUCAUGGCCUCUGA